CUCGGCCCGCACCAUUUCGCGCUUGCCCUAAAGAAACCCGACACGAGCCCCACUCGCUCGGACGCACAGGCGCACACCGACAAGCGCAGCGAUGGCGGCCGCGGCGGGGGACGGACAGACGCCGCAGGAGCCGGAGCCAGUGGCGGGAGCGGCGGCUGGAGGCGGCGUGAUCGCGAAGCUGGAAGAGGAGUGGCGGAAGGCGAAGGAGCACGCGCAGACCUACCCGUACGUGUGGGGCUCCUACAUCCUCGUCUACGGCGGCCUCGGCGCCUACCUCGCCUGGCGCUGGCGUAAGCUCCGCCGCACCGAGGACCGCGUCCGCGUUCUUCAGGAACGCCUCCGCAAGCUCUCCGCGGCCGAGGAGUCGCAGGCUGCCUCUGCCACCGGCUCCGUUUCCACUCCCUCGACCCCUCCCCUGCCGCAGGAGUCGGCCUCUGGGGCCGCAAAGCCGGCUUCUAGACCGUGAAGGAGUAAGCUUCCUUUUUUUCCCAGCUUCUUGGCAUGACGGAUUACAAAAUUACAGAGCGAUUCAUCGUUUGAGCUCGCUGCUGUGCUUCGUUCCUUACUUGGUUGGUGAUCCUAGUUCAGAAGUAGAGGUGGAGGACUAUAAUACAAGUGCUGAGAGGUUGGUGAUUCUCUCAUUGUCAUCUAAUCGUUUGGGGGAAGCUCAAAAUCAUGUACAUCGUGUGUGGUCAUUCCCACGAAGGAUCUGGAUUUACUGUUGAUGUCACCGGAACCCGUCUUAGUGACAUCGUAACUUUUGGCUCCAUGAUGCUGGUUUGCAGUUUUCUCCAUCCACUUCACUUCUCUAUUGUUACUAAUGUAUUGCGCCUUAUACUGAUCUUGCCAAAUCUUCUUGAAUUAUCUCCUGGAGCAUAUUUUUGCGGUGUUAUGUACUAAGGACAAAUGGAUUAUGGAUAGAGAAAGCUUAACCAA